AGCAGUCACAUGGCUCAGUUCACCUUACCAGGAAGAGAUAGACGUUGCAGCUCAGGGGAAAUCCAGGAAGAAAAAAAGGCAGUCAUGUUCCUUCAAAAACAACACUGCCCUUGAUAGUUUCGAUCAGCUGUGUGCAAGCUGAAGCUUCAGGUGAACAGACAUGGAGUCCUUGGCAGUAACUGCACUCCUAGCCCUGAUCUCACUGACUGCAGCCCUAGACAACGGAUUGCUGAAGACUCCUCCUAUGGGAUGGAUGGCCUGGGAACGCUUUCGCUGUGAUAUUGACUGUAAAGAUGACCCAGAAAAUUGCAUCAGCGAGGAUCUCUUUAAACGCAUGGCUGAGCGGCUGGCUGAGGACGGCUGGAAGGAGCUGGGGUAUGAGUAUGUAAUCAUAGACGACUGCUGGAUGUCCUUGCUGAGAGAUGAACAAGGGAGGCUGCAGCCUGAACCCUCCAGGUUCCCGGGGGGAAUUGCACAACUGGCGAGGUAUAUCCAUGACCGUGGACUGAAGCUGGGAAUCUAUGCAGACAUGGGCACUUACACAUGUAUGGGAUUCCCUGGCACCACACUGGAAAAAAUCGAGAUUGAUGCCCAGACUUUUGCUAGCUGGGGGAUAGACUAUCUCAAGUUUGACGGCUGUUACUCAAAUCCUGUAGAACAAUUACUGGGUUACAAUAUGAUGUCCAAGGCUUUGAUUGCUACAGGCAGACCUAUAGCCUACUCCUGUAGUUGGCCUGUCUAUGUGGGAGGACUCCCCCCUAAUGUGAACUAUACGCUGCUGGGGGAUAUUUGUCACCUGUGGAGGAAUUACUAUGAUAUCCAGGACUCAUGGGACAGUGUGCAAGACAUCAUCAACUGGUUCUCCAACAACCAGGAUGAUCUGCAGCCAGCUGCGGGGCCUGGGCGAUGGAAUGACCCAGACAUGCUCAUCAUUGGAAACUUUGGUCUCAGUGUGGAGCAGGCUCGCUCUCAGAUGGCCCUGUGGGCUAUAAUGGCCGCACCUCUCAUCAUGUCAAAUGACCUUCGAAACCUAGACAACAGUGCAAGGGCCAUCCUGCAAAACAGAGUUGCCAUUGCCAUCAACCAGGACCCCAUGGGUAUCCAGGGAAGACGGCUGUUGCAGGAGAAGAGUCAUAUUGAGGUUUACUGGAGGCCUCUGUCUCAUUCAGCCAGCACCCUUGUGUUCCUGAGUCGAAGGACAGACAUGCCCUACCUCUACCACACCUCUCUGGCUAAACUCAACUAUGAAGCUGGCAACUAUGAGGCCUACGAUGUGUUUACUGGCUCGACAGUGACUGGGUUGAAUGCCAACACAGAGUUUACUCUCUCCAUCAAUCCCUCAGGUGUUGUCAUGUGGUACAUCUACCCAGAACAACAGUCCAAAGAUACUGAGACCCUGUACUACCACCAGCACAAGACAGCCUCACAAUUUACAUUCCACAGAGCUAAGCCUGGACAUCAUACUGUGCUGUAA